GACCAUAAAUAUGACAUAACCUAAAUCUUUCCUACACAUACAAGAUACAAAAAUAAACUUUUACCUGAUUAAUUAGUGCACACUACAAUAAAUAAUAAUGACCACUCCUAGAGGAUUACCACAAAGUAAAGAAGCUUUACUGAAAUCCUAUAGAACAAGGUUAAAAGACGAUGUAAAAAGCAUGCUAGAAAACUUUGAAGAGAUUGUUAAAUUGGCAAAAGGAGAGCAUGAUACACAACUAUCACGAAUGACCCAAUGUGAACAGGAUACUUACGAGAUGCAUGUACGAGCGGCCAACAUUGUAAGGGCAGGUGAAUCGUUAAUGAAGCUGGUUUCAGACAUAAAACAGUAUUUAAUAUUAAACGACUUUCCAUCCGUCAACGAAGCAAUUACACAAAACUCAAAACUAUUCAGAACAAAACAAGCGGAAUGCGACCAAAAAUUAAUGUCGCUGCGUGAUGACAUGGCUGCCGAUUUAUACGAUCUAGAAGAAGAAUAUUAUAAUAGUAUUUAUAAAUAAACUAAGUAACAGUAAAGUUUAAAAGACGAUCGGUGUGAGGUGGAUGAUUGUGCUCCUGAGAUAGCCGUUUCACCUGAUCAUUAUCGUCCGUAAUAACCCGAGAUCUGCACUUAACCUUGUGAUAGUCGGAGCACACCCAGAACACAUGGCGACCAUUCGAUUGAUUUAUGUAAUAAAUGUUAUUAUUGUACACCAAACACUUUCUGCCCCGCUUUGUAAUGGAAUACAGGCAUGUAUCUGAAAUGAAAAUUUAUGUAAACAUACAAGAUUACAAUUCCGAGACUUACCUACUUCACUCUAGUGUAAUAAUCAUUUCAAUUGUUAAAACUGAAAUUGUGCGAUAAUUGUUUUUUAAUGUAAAUAAAAUUGCUCUAAGUAAAAGUA